CAAAACCAUCAUUGUCUUCAGAGUAUACAAAGGUCUUUAACAAAAAAACAAGAAUAUACAAAGUUUUAUAACACAGUUGCAUAAAACAAUUCAAAUGGCACACAGAAAAAUGAACAUGGGUUUGGUUUUGGUUGUAAUGGCAAUGUUGUGUGCAGGAGCUGCUGCGCAGUCGAGUUGUACAAAUGUGUUGGUCAGCCUGUCCCCUUGUCUUAACUAUAUCACAGGGAAUUCCUCGACCCCGUCUUCAGGAUGCUGCUCAAACCUUGCCAGUGUGGUGAGUUCACAACCAGCAUGCCUGUGUCAGGUUCUCGGUGGGGGUGCAUCAUCACUGGGAAUCAGCAUUAAUCAAACUCAGGCUCUUGCCUUGCCUGGUGCUUGCAAGGUGAAAACCCCACCCACCAGUCAGUGUAAUACUAAGAAUGCUGCUUCCCCAGCAGACUCACCAGCAGGAACAGAGGCAGAGUCUCCAAAUUCAGCUCCAUCAGGAACCGGAUCCAAAUCCACUCCCUCGACCGGUGAUGGAUCAUCCAGUGGAAAUUCAAUCAAGCUGUCAGUUCCUCUGUUACUUAUAUUGGCCGCAGCAUAUGCUUCAGUUUUCUGAACACACUGAUUCUUCAAUCAGUUGGCUUCCUAUUUGAAAUGCUAUUUUUUUGCUUGUUAUUACCGAUUGUUGUUGUGUAAUCAUAUAUAUUAUCAAAGGUCCCUUGUGCUGAAGGGUACAGUCUAUUCAUUUUGUAACCUCUAUUGGGUUACAUGAUUUGUAUUACGAGAGGCUUUAUUCUCUCUAUCAAUAAAACAUGGAUUGAAAUUUUGUAGUGUGCCA